CCCCCGCCUCCAGGCAGCCCGGAGCAACCGGCGCCCGGCCCCGCCGAGCGCAGCGCCCUCGCGGCGGCGGCGCGAUGCUGUGCUUCCUGAGGGGAAUGGCCUUCGUCCCCUUCCUCCUGGUGACCUGGUCGUCCGCCGCCUUCAUCAUCUCCUACGUGGUCGCCGUGCUGUCCGGGCACGUCAACCCCUUUCUCCCCUACAUCAGUGAUACAGGAACAACACCUCCAGAGAGUGGUAUUUUUGGAUUUAUGAUAAACUUCUCUGCAUUUCUUGGUGCAGCCACGAUGUACACAAGAUAUAAAAUAGUGGAGAAGCAAAAUCAAACCUGCUAUUUCAGCACUCCUGUUUUUAACUUGGUGUCAUUAGUUCUUGGAUUGGUGGGAUGUAUCGGAAUGGGCAUUGUUGCCAAUUUUCAGGAGUUAGCUGUGCCAGUGGUCCACGACGGGGGCGCCCUGUUGGCUUUUGUGUGCGGUGUCCUGUACACGUUCCUACAAUCCAUCAUCUCUUACAAAUCGUGUCCCCAGUGGAACAGCCUCUUGACGUGCCACAUACGGAUGACCAUUUCUGCUGUUUCCUGCGCGGCUGUCGUCCCCAUGAUUGCCUGUGCUUCACUAAUUUCUAUAACCAAGCUGGAGUGGAAUCCAAAAGAAAAGGAUUAUAUAUAUCACGUAGUGAGUGCGAUCUGUGAAUGGACAGUGGCCUUUGGUUUUAUUUUCUACUUCCUAACAUUCAUCCACGACUUCCAGGGCGUCACCCUAAGGAUAUCCACAGAAAUCAAUGGUGACAUUUGAAGAAAGAAGAAUUAUACUCACUCAGUGAACGCUGCAGACAAUUUCUAGAAGUGGUACAGAGGACAGGCAGGGUUUUGAGGCUGCCCUGAUUAGACUGCAUCUGCGGCACAUCCAGGACUUGAAUUUCAUUAAGCAUUCCCAAUAGUUGUACUAUUUUCAAAGGUAUGUUUUCCUAGAGAAUGUAGAGCACCUAUGACAUUGUAGCCACGUGUUCAUAAUUUUCUAAGUGGACACUUUUUAUAUUAACAAAUUCAUAUAUAGAAAAGAUAAGGUGUUACAGAAAAUGGAGAGCAAUUAUUUUUGUACAGAUUCUGUUGUUUUUUUGUGUGUGAGUGAUUUAUGGAAAUACACUAAAUGAGGAUUUCUAGUACAUUUAUUAUAAAGUAAAAUCAAGGGAUAUGCAUUUUUAAAAUUUCAUUUUUAGAGAAUUAACUGUAUAAUUUCUUAUUUUGAAAGCAUUUAUAAAUUGAAUUUAUAAUGAUCAUAUAUGCACAUCAUAAAGAUUUAGUUUAUAGAUUAACACUAAGAUACUCAGAUUUUUUUAGCUGAACUAAGCAAAAUGCUUCUCUUGAGGGGCCUUUGUACAACUAUGCACUGUAACUCCAAGUGAAUACAGAAGACCUCAGUGUUUAAAUCCUCCGUCCUCAUUUCUCCAUGUUCCCAGGGUGCAGCUUUCACCCUUGCUGCUGCACUCAAUCUUAGCCAAAAGGCUGGGAAGUGCUACUCUGGCUGCCAGUUGGCAGCCCAGAAUGGGUGUGAUUCCAGGUGGGAUGGAUUCGGCAACGCCGAUGAGAAAUUCUCAAACCGUCCUUUAUUGUCACUGGCAUAACUUGAGAUAUAGUCUGACUCAGAAGCUGAAAUUCCUGUCUCAAAUUCCUUUUAUGCCAAUAAACAUGUCAAAGAGAGUAGAGGUCCACGAGUGAGAUAAGGAUCAGGAGUGACCCAAGUUUCUGGGUGCAGGGUGCUGUUGUAAUGCCCGUGGCAGAAUGUCCUCAACACUGUAGGAAAUUUGAGUCAGGCCCUUUGUGCUAAGCAUGACCUACAGAUUCUACCUUUUUUACUCAAAUCAUGAAAGACAAGUGAAAAGCAAGUCAUUCUAGAGGAAGAAGUUGCCCUUGAUUUCUUAGGGUUUAGUUUUGAAAGUUGACAAGAAGGAAAUCUCUCUGCAAAGACCCCAGGGCAUAGACCUUUGUCUGGCCAAGUGGGAGCAGCCCUUGAGGGCACAUGCCAACAACCCAUCUGGGCAGCUUUGGUGGAGGACAUGGGGGCAGGUAGACUAUGGUAACGCCUCCUUACUCGUUUGCUGAGUGGGCACAGGGUGAGGUUCAGCAGUAGUCAGUCUCCCCCCAUAAAACCUCCCCCACCUGUUUAGCGGUGGGAAGCUGCCACCCAUUUCUGGAUCUGCGGUAACUUGUAUUGCCCUGAUUCUCCAUUGCAACACUGGAACUGAAAGACAGUGACCAACGCUCUGUCAAGCAUUAUAUUCCAAAGAGGAGGAGGAACAUCACAUACCUUUUCCAUGGACCCUGUGGUAGAGUGAGUCCUGUGGCUGUGUCCUGCUGUGGACAGACUUGUUAUCAGCUCUUCUCAGGAUGCAUUAUCAUUCUUCACCUCCGCUUCUCUGCACAGUUAGAUCAGGAGCUCCUUGAGGGCAGAGUAUGAGCCUAAAUGUUUGUAACUCCAGCAUUUAACACAGUGCCUCCUGGUACACUGUAGGUGCUUAAAAAAUCUUAUUGAAUGCGUGCAUGAAUGAAGGGAUGCUGGGAUGUUUGUAGCGCUGCAUAAUGGGCUUUACUCUGUUUUACUAGUUAGUUUAAUGAUAAAUAGUCUGUAUCACCCAGUAAUGUUGACUGUUCUGCUUUCUGUGCUGUAAACAUUUCAGUUGUUUGGGCUCCGCCAUUCUAUGACAACUCUCUUCAACCUGGACAGUUACCACAGAAAUUGUUACAUGGUCUAGACCAAAUGAUUCACCUGUCUUGGCAAACUGAGAAGGCCAAAAAUCACUCCAGACAAUCAAAUUCUGCUGAUUCCAUGCAACCUCUAAAGCUGGUCUUAUCCGUGUUUUGUUUUGUUGUAUAAUUUCUAAUUUCCACGAACUUGCAUUUCCUU